AACGCACCAUCGUUAGUUAAAUUCACUUGAAUUCCUCAAAACAACCCCCCAUAAGCAUCAUGUCUGUCAAAAUUGUGAUUUGCCUGGCCAUCUGCGCCCUGAGCACCGUUUCCGCCGGAGUCCUGCCAUUGGCCGCUCCACUGGCAACUGGGGUCAUCGCACCAUACGCCACCUCGUACAAUGCACAUACCGUGAACCAUGCCAUCGCUGCGCCAUACGUUGCCGCUGGUCCGGUUGUGGCUCCAGCUGCCAAACUCCUGGCUGCUCCAGCUCCGUUCGGAUACUCUGCCUACUCUGCCUUCAACCCAGCCCUGCCUGCCUUCAGCCCGUACACCGCUCUGCCAGCUAGCUAUGUGCUGUAAAUCGGCUUAGGAAUCAAGUAGUGACAGUUUGGUGUACCAUGUACCUAUCCUGAAGUGAUAACCGGAAUCCUAUGCUAGGCAAAUUCUAUCCUGUGCUGUAAAUGGCUGUCCCACUUUGGCAGGCAUUCUUUUGUAAAUAGCUUUUUCCCCUGUUGUUUAUUUUUUUAUAUGAUACUGCAAUACAAUCUGAAACCUGAACAA